AUGGCCACCUCUAGAACAUCACAAGUUUCUAAGGUUGCACCAGGGUUGUAUGAAAGUCUUCCACUCCCGGCUGGGUCAAGAUGCAUUCGAGCUCUUGAUGUCGUUCGACUUUCAGAAAAUGCCGGCCACCCGCUUCAAUACGAUCUUCGAAUCAUUGAUCUUGAUUCAGAACCAAGUCCCUCAUUCACGGCUUUAUCAUACGCAUGGGGUUCUCAGACACUCGAUAGUGGCGUCAUAACUUGUGGAUCUUUCACACUUCCAAUCACCCAGAACUGCCAUUGCGCGCUGCAACACCUUACUGAGGUUUUCGGGAGGCUUACCAUCUGGAUCGACGCGAUAUGCAUCAACCAGGAUGACGAAGACGAGAAAAUGCGACAAAUCCUGCUGAUGCAAGACAUUUACUCUCGUGCAGAAACUGUGUAUGUUUGGCUUGGAGAAAGCAAUGUGUCAACAGACAGAGCGAUGGGAUACCUCGAAAACGCUGGAUACCUCAAGCACUUUUUCCUUGACGAUCUCGAGGAGCUUCUGACAAGAGAUUGGAUUAAUCGCAUAUGGACAUUCCAAGAGAUCGUACUCGCCUCUAAUCCAGUUAUC